GCCUGUCCCCACAUCCCACCUGAGCCCAGGAUGUCCCCGAUGGGGCUGGGGUCUUCCCCGGUCCUGGAAGGAAGCCACUGUCUCUGCAGAAUUAGGCCCUGGCCUGGCUCUCUGAACCCCACUUCCCUAGGGCCCCGGUCCUCUGGAGAGAUGUUCACCCUUCACGCCGGAGAAGGAAGGCCACGAAUACCCCCAAAGAGAACGUCAUUUGGCAAAGAAAUCGUUGGUUCAGCUUUCCGGCUUCCAAAGAUGUUUGAAAAGAUUUCCUAACAAAAUUCUUCCUAGUCAGAUGGGGAACCGAAAGCAGAAGUGGGACCCCCGGCCUCGAUUUCAUAACUGAAGACUGUCUCUCCCUUCUGCUCCUCAUGCCACAAAACGGCCUUCCCCAUCUUAUAAGAAAAGGGUCCGGGCAUUUUGUUGUGGGGCCUCCCAGACCUUUACUGCAGGAUCUCCAGGUGAGCUUGUCCUGCUCUUCCCCAAUAAAAGGGUCCUCGUCUUGGCCUGAGCCCAGCCAGAUAUCAGAAAUCCAAAUGACUCCCUCCUGGACUUCCAGCAAUUUCUGUGGCCACCUUUGGAAACGCUGAGGUGACCAUGGGAACUCUGCAGGGCUGGGAUGCCUGUCAGAGCAGGCGAGGCCCCUGAGGCCAAGCACAUCACUUUAGCAGCCCAGAAGUUUUCGUCCUUGUUCCUGAAAAGCUAUCACUGAGGUAAAGUGUAGUCACGAGCUCCACCCUUGGAAGUGCCGUUUCUCUUCUUGGAAGUCAGCUGCUGGUAACCCGUGGCGUCUGCCAGCUCAUCAUCAGGUGACCUGCAGUCACACAGGGCCCCGUGCUCAGGGGGCUCCCGCGCUUGGGCUGCACAGUUUAUUUGCUGCGGGACCUACAGGCCUGCCUGAUCACCUGGCCUCCAGAAGCCAGGGCCUUGGGCAAGGGCCAGGGCGGGGGUGGGAAGGUCGUUCAACCCUGUGGCAUGCAGGGUAAAUGCAGGGAGAGAUGGUGACACUUUCAGGCUGAUAAUGGAUAGGACAUCUGGAGUUGACAAGUUGUGGAGUGCUGGGCUUCCCCUGACAAAGAAGCAACUCAAACUCAAAGUGAUGGGAAAAUCGGGCAGGAGGAGACUAGACAUUUGAAACCACAACUUUCAAGGCAAGAAACGGGUGAGGACUGAGGUGACACACUCUGCCUCUUCAGCCCGUGACGGGUCAGACACGCGAAGCCAAGCAGACCCGGGGCCCUUUCUUCACCACUGAACUUAGCCGUGUUCAGUGGAUGGGUGCACGUCCACCUGGCUGACGGCUCUGACAGGUGGGCAGCCACCGACCAACGCAGCCCCAAUUUUGGCCACAGUCAGAGCACAGGCAGGUGCGCUGCUAUUAGUGAAGGGUGUUUGGCCCGGGGAGCUCUCUGGAGGGCACACAGAUAAAGGCAGCUGCAGCUCAGGGAGAGGAAGAAUACACCAAAGAACCUGCCGGACUGGCCGCCCUGCCUGCCUGUCUCUCUUCAAAGCCAAUGCACCUGAGUGGUAGCUUCCGGCCGGGACUUUGCACACCUGGGAACUGGGUCCCUUGGUGCCUGUGAGGGCAUUUGUGACUUAUCUCCUGUGGCCUGGAAUGGAGGAGGAGCGGGAGGGGGCCCCUCAGCUGGCUCACCUCUGAGUCCCUCCUUGCCUGAGCUUGGUGCUCACAGCGCUUUCCUAAGCUGUGUGCCCCCGCCGUCCGUCUGGGUCACAUCUCGUAGGUACUUGAGACUCGGAGUCUCUCCUGAAACCACUAUAAAGUCCUCUUCCUGGAAGCCGACCUCGUUUGUGCCCUGGGAUUUUCUUCCCGGAUGUAACCGAGUAGUACCUGCUCUCCAGUGGUGCUUAAAAGCAGAGACAGCGACAUUCUAGAAUAGUCUCCAGUCUGGGAAGCGUCUCUCCUCAUUUGAUGUUGGCGAAACCCUGUGAGGUGAAGGGCAGCUCUCCCAGAGUCUGAGGAUCCGUGAAGAUCUUACACUUGGGCAGAGAGCCAGGAUGCGUGAAAUUGUACACAUUCAGAUUGGCCAGUGUGGUAACCAGAUCGGAGCCAAGUUCUGGGAGGUGAUUGGAGAGGAGCAUGGGAUCGACUCAGCUGGGAGCUAUGGUGGGGACUGCGCCCUGCAGCUGGAGAGAAUCAACGUGUACUACAACGAGGCCCACGGUAAGAAAUAUGUGCCGCGGGCAGUCUUGGUGGACCUGGAACCCGGGACAAUGGACAGCAUCCGAUCUAGCAAACUGGGAGCCCUCUUCCAACCAGACAAUUUUGUCCACGGGAACUCCGGGGCCGGCAACAACUGGGCGAAGGGCCACUACACGGAGGGCGCGGAGCUGCUGGAGAGCGUGCUGGACGUGGUGCGGGGCGAGAGCGAGGCCUGCGACUGCCUGCAGGGCUUCCAGGUGGUGCACUCGCUGGGCGGGGGCACGGGCUCGGGCAUGGGCACGCUGCUCAUGAGCAAGAUCCGGGAGGAGUACCCGGACCGCAUCCUCCACUCGUUCAGCGUCAUGCCGUCGCCCAAGGUGUCGGACACCGUGGUGGAGCCCUACAACGCCGUGCUGGCCGCCCACCAGCUCAUCGAGCACGCCGACGCCUGCUUCUGCAUCGACAACGAGGCGCUCUACGACAUCUGCUUCCGCACGCUGCGGCUGGCCACGCCCACCUACGGCGACCUCAACCACCUGGUGUCGCUGACCAUGAGCGGCGUCACCACGUCGCUGCGCUUCCCGGGCCAGCUCAACGCCGACCUGCGCAAGCUGGCCGUCAACAUGGUGCCCUUCCCGCGCCUGCACUUCUUCAUGCCGGGCUUCGCGCCGCUCACGGCGCGCGGCAGCCAGCCGUACCGUGCGCUCUCGGUGGCCGAGCUCACGCAGCAGAUGUUCGACGCGCGCAACACCAUGGCGGCCUGCGACCCGCGGCGCGGCCGCUACCUGACGGUGGCCUGCAUCUUCCGGGGCAAGAUGUCCACCAGGGAGGUGGACGAGCAGCUGCUCGGCGUGCAGACGCGGCACAGCGGCUGCUUCGUGGAGUGGAUCCCCAACAACGUCAAGGUGGCCGUGUGCGACAUCCCGCCCCGCGGGCUCAGCAUGGCCGCCACCUUCAUCGGCAACAACACGGCCAUCCAGGAGCUGUUCACCCGGGUGUCGGAGCAGUUCUCCGCCAUGUUCAGGAGGAAGGCGUUCGUGCACUGGUACACGGGCGAGGGCAUGGACGCCGGCGAGUUCGCCGAGGCCGAGAGCAACGUCCACGACCUGGUGUCCGAGUACCAGCAGUUCCAAGACGCCCGGGCGGCUCUGGAGGAGAGCGAGGCAGUGGCGGGGGCGGCAGAGACCGAGGCGGCCGCGUGAGUGGCAGCUGCAGGGCGGAGGCCCUUCCGCAAGGUCCUCUGCAGACGAGUUUCCGGCGGCAGUGCCAGGCCUGCCGCUGGGCACCGCCGUGCACUAGCCACGCAGCCGCCUCAGCUUUCGCUUUGUCACUAGACUGGGGGGAGGGGGCCGGGCACGUGACUGGCAGGCGUGAGGGGCUUCUGCUGGCACUCGCCAACACGCAUGGUGUGACAUUCAGCACAUACUCCAGGAACUCUUUUUUAGUAGCACACUGCAUGUAUCACAAAGCAUUCCCUUUGUUUACAACUGUUUAUUGGGUAUUUCCUGUAGGCCAUAGCACGUGCCAGGCAUCGGGAGGACACACGUGGCUGUGUGGGGAACCAGCGCAGCUGACGUUAACCUGUUAACGCUUCAGCAGCACUGAGCAGCACCCCGGACUCCUUACUGGGCGUCCCAGGGCUGUAAGGACUGUGCCCAGCGUCCUACCUCCUAGCUCUUGCCGGCCUCCAGGUGCCUAACUGCCAGCUGGGGAGCCUCACGGCCGAGGUCAGUGAGUCAGCGUCCCUGAGUCAAUUGUAGACCCGUGCACAGUUCAUGGUGCUAACGGAAAAGGGAAAAAGGGAAGUGCGGUCCUUUCCACAAACAUACCUGGCCGAAAAAGAAAAGCCCCCAAAUGACAAGCAAAACGCAGGCACUCCCAUCGUGUCUCACCUUCAUUUCUGAAUAGCUGGCUUUUAACAAACAUAUGCAUAUACUUUAAGUUUCUUAUUAGCGUUAGACUCUGGGAGUUCAUUAAUCAUCUUUGGUUUUCCCUGUAAAGGCUAUUUCGAAAUGCCCUCUUCCCUUCCGUUCAGGUCACCUUCUGAGAAUGCACUGUAUCCUCGGCUCUCUCAAAGGGCAGCGUAUGCUCGGCAACCAUUCAAAUCUAAAAAUUAAGCAGCGACGGCUGCAGUGUCCUUCUUGGUUACGGAGGACAUCGUCUCAUUAAGGAACUUUCACAGUUCCAAUUAAUUUGCAGAAGUUGCCAUAAAUGUUUGCAUGAUGACACAGCUUUAACCAUUACACGAUUUUAUUUAAUCUGCUCACAUUACAACAGGACCAAAUACACAAGAGUGUAAUCAAAUCAUCCAUAGCUUCUUAAUUACAGUUUACCUAUUUCUGACAUAUAGCACUGCCGUCCCUUCUAGUACCAAAGGGUUUUAAUGGUCUUCUAGAAUUACCAGAGCUGUGUACUAUUUGAUCCAUGGAUAGCUGGCAAAGGCAAGAGGCUCGACCCUCACUGCAGAACUCUCCCGACUUGCUUUGUCAUCUGCAAUAAUCGGGCAGCAGGAGGAUGGAUGACAGUAGCUCAUUCUGAGGAACUUCAUUCUUUUCACAAAUGCAUCAUAAGGAAAUAAACAUGUAGCAAGAGAAAAUGAACUCUUGCUGUCAACAUCAUGGCAAGCCUUCUAUUUACAAAAUUAAAAAGUUUUAAACACUUUCUAGUUGCUCAAGAUCACUGAAAACAAGCAGAUUUAAUAAGAAACUGCACCUAUCUACUCCUAGUUUGAAGUUCAUAACUUCCUUAGAUGCUCGAAAGACCUACAACCUGUGGUUACGUAAGAAUUGAUACACAUGCUUCCGCUAGCACUUUCCUUCUCAAAUCUCUCCAAGGCAAUUAAAUAGAUGCAAGGAAGGAUAUAAAUCUAAAUUAAAAAACUUCUGCUGUUUCAUAUUACUGUAAAGAUUUUUGUUUGCUCAAUAGUAAUCAUUAAAGUACAAAGAAAUUCAAUUUUAAAUGGCUAAAUUGCUUUAUUUCAGACUAAAUAAAUUCCUUUCUUGGAGUCUAACCACCCAGACUGAUUAAUUUGAGUAGUUAAAAAUAUUUCAAAGUGCAUCUCACCAGCCUACUCUUUUGUAUGGUAGAAAUAGAUUAAAAAACUAGAAACAGCUAGAAACCAAAAGAAAUCUGUCCUCUGAUUUUGAAGAGAUUGCUCCUUUGGUGGUCUGGUUGCUACGGCGACAUUGGUCUCUCAGAGACCGCCACAGUAGGAUCAAAAUUUCAGAGCUUGUUCGAUUCCUUCACUUCACACACGAGAACACGGCAUGAGAAAGUCAUUAACGACAAUCACCCAACUAGCUAGUGAAAUACCCCCAAGUAGACCUGAUCAGGGACCCCUAGUAAUCCGGGCAGUGCUGCCAGCUACUCAGCAGCCCUGGAUGCAGAAAGUUUGUUUCAUCAGUUAUCAGUUCAGGUUUGUUUUUUUUUUCCUUAAUCAUAGAGAAAAGCCUUAAAGAAUCUUUGCUGGCAGUCGGUGUCUUUUUUUUGUUACUUUAAUCAUUGCCACACUGCAACCCUGUCUCUAAGUCUCUCUCACCUGUAAUGAUCACAUCUGCCAGCCUCCCUAAUCAAUGACUUAUCUCUACUUACUUGACUGGAAAUCCUUUAGCCCUUUGCCUAUCAGUUACUUUGUCUGAUAUCAAAAAGGCCCCCUUAGCCCAGUCUGUAUGAAAGGUGCUUCCUAGUACCUUCAUCUCUGCUAGGAAGCACUGACAACUCAAGUGCCUCGACUUCAAAACAGCAGGACAACAGCCCUGAGGCAAAGGACUUAAGCUCUUAGCCUCUCCCUCUUGUGUCACUUCUUGCAAGCCGUGUGCGGAGAAUGAAAUAAAACCUACAUGUCAAGUGUCCUUGGGCAGAAGUCACUGCCAGAGGCUGACAACAAGGGCUUUUUCUUGGGCUCCUUCCCUGAUAAAUUCCUGCUAGCUCCAGUACCAGGCUGAACACUGGCCCUGGUGUACAAACUCAACAGUGUUUCAAAAUUGCCUGCUCAAAUUUAUUUCUCCAUUCUCCAAAAACAGUUAAAAUCAAGCAGUUAACUUUGCAGUGGUUUUACUUGGCCAAGUGCUUCCAAGUUUCAAAGAAAGAUGAAAACAAGAUGAAAGAUGAAAACACUUGCAAUAAUUCUUCAUCCGUAAAUAUUUAACGAAUGAAUGAAUCACCUUGCAAACACCGUCUAACUGCUGUAAUCAUCAUGUCCCAGGCUGCAGGCAAGAAUCUUAGAUUUUGAUUGCAGUUCGGGCCAUCGAUCCGGUGACUGAACAGCUUUGCCUCAUUUCCUAAGAGAAAGACUCCUGGCCCAUGGAGAGUCAUUUAUAAAACAAUGUGAAAAGCCCUUUGUGCUGAAAUUCCAACCGUGAUAGCUCUUCUCUAUAGGUUGUAAAAAAAGUGCACAAUAAAAACUGAAUUCUACCAUCUCCUAGUUUUUCUUCUCAUCCAGGGUUUCAGUUCAUAUUUUUGUUUAGGCUACUGGCCAAGCAGCAUCACCUAGGCAGCACCACCUGCACAAAAGGAGGAGGCUGGUGGGUAAGGGCCCAGCCACUAAUCUGCCAUGGCUUCUGCAAUUCAAAGAUAUGGGACAAUGAGAGUACCUCAAUGACACAGUCUAAUAUUGUCAAUGUCACGAAACCUCAGUUUACAUGGUCAUAAUCCUGCAGCUGUGCAGGAGUUCCCAUAAAGAAAAGGAAAAAGUCCGACGGAAACCAAAACCCAACAGCAUGAGUGAACCAUAUACUUCAAUUUAUUGACAUUGUCAAUCUAGGAACAAGACAGGUAUUUUUUUCCAUGAAGUGUGAUCGUUUUCAAUCUGCCAUAACAUGUGCCCACACAUCUUCACCUUGAAAAUGCAGUGUUUCAAGCUUUAGUCAGGG